CUGACAUGUGACCGCCAAACACCAAGCUGGCCUUUCCCGCCAACAUCUCCGAUCACCCUUUCUGUCCUGUCGCUCUAUGGGACUCCUUGGUUUUUGACUGUGACCAGGAGACUCUUCUUGCAUGCAUUUUCCUUUCUGCACUUGAGCUUCUACUGAUACUAUGGGCACCGCUCGCAACUGAAGCUCUUUUUCUUGUCUCAUUAAAAAAAACCCUCGUUUCGGACAAUACGUCCACGGCGCCGGCAUCAUGGUGGACUGGCUCAGCCUUGCGGUCCCCGUAGCCUAUCUAGGCAUUCUAAUCGGCUCAUUAGCGACAUUCUCUUCUCUAUACAGAAAACGAAAAGCUGUCAAAGCAACCUCCCUCGCGCCAUGGUUUCCGCCUCAUCUGCAACGAGAUAUAUACUAUUCUCUCCUUCAUCUUGAGCCUCCCGCUUCAGGAAAGGAGAAGGAGAAGGAGAAAAAGGCUCCUCCUGUUCCGGAGACUGUACUCAAGGCUGCACUUCUGCGGCGCGCUGCUGAGGACAUCAACCGUGUCAUGGCUAUCCGGAGUCAGAAGCAGGCGCUGGCAAUGUUGCUACAACGUGGAAGCGUUGGUGAUGAUCUAUGGAAUCGGUUUCUGAGAGCGGAGAAGGAGAUGGAGGAUGAGGUUCGCGAUGUUGUCGCUGAGGCCAAUGCAUAUGUCCCCGGUUGGGGCCAGACGAUCUUCCAGUCCGCUAAUGAGAUGAUCAACAACGACAUUUUCCGCCGACGUAUUCAGGAAAUGCAGUCUAAGACGAAAGACGAGCGGGAGUGGUGGGACCACAAGAAGGCUACUAUUCAGGAAGGAUUUAUGAAGGAGCUGGACGAGGAAGCAGCUGGCAAAAGCGGCUCUGUUCCUGCUUCAUCUGCCCCAACAACUUCUGCAACAAAGAAUGCUGAACCGGCCGCUCCAUCUGCCACAGCCAGCGAUGAUGAUGCUGUCCUAGUAGAGGCAGGUGGCCCAGCAGCUCCUGAAACAGGAAGUCCCAAGAAGAAAAAGAAGGGCAAGAAAUGAACCCCUAUUUCAGUCAGGU